UAUACGAAUAUUGAGAGAAAUCGAUACCUUUUUCCUUUUUGGUUCUAUCAUGGAGUAGUAUUUUAUUCAAGCCGUUUUCUUGUCUUGGAUCCUGUCUUAAUAGAGUAAAGUAUGUCCCAUAUAGUGGCCGCAUCUUUAGGAAUGUAGGUUGGGCUUUCCAUAAUUGCUGUUUGUUUUCGCUAAUCAUAAUAAUGACUCUAAUUUGACCGAGCAAAUCCUGGUCCUUUAUUUUUCCAAAUUUUUCUUUUUUCGAUCUUUUAAAAACUUGGGAUUAUUCAAUCUGUGGUUGUGAGUUGUGAUGGUUGGUGGCCUGCUUUUGGUGGGUUUUAUUUUGGUUACAUUUGGUGGGGUUUAUUGUUUAUUGAUGGCUGCUUAAAUUAAUGGAUUGCUGAGCUGUGAGAAUAAUGAUAAUCUCUGAUGUUUCUGAAGUGAACUCAAAAUUGACAUGAUGGUAGCCCUCUGGCUUUAUUGUUUAGAGGGGGAGAAUGAAUUUGAAUUGAAUUGAUGCCUUUAUUGGAGAAAAGGGAGGAGUUUUCUUGAAGAAAAGCCUUUUACCGACUGAUGGCUCCUCCUGGGAAAACUUCUGGAUUCCAUCGUGAAGGAGAUCACUGGUACUACAUUUCAAGUUUGCAAAGUGAUAUAACAGUAGUGGUGGAUGAAGUAAAGUUCCAUCUUCACAAGUUUCCUCUUAUUUCAAGAUGUGGGAAGAUAGCAACUAUCUUUGAAGAUUGUGAAAGUUCCACUGAUAUGACAUUGACAGUACCUCUUGAAGAGUUUCCAGGUUAUCUUUCGAUGACUGAUGAUUAUGGUGAAGACAAUUUAUUGUCCAAGUCAGAAAGUUAUUUCCAUAAGCAUAUCUUAAAAGACUGGAAGGAUUGCAUUUUGGCUCUCCAGAGCUGUGAACUAGUUAUUCCAAGAGCAGACAAACUUCAAAUUAUAAGUAGAUGUAUCAAUGCAUUGUCUGUAAUGAUCUGUACGGAUCCCUCAUUGUUUGGAUGGCCUAUGAUGAUGUAUGGUAGCCUACAAAGUCCUGGUGGGAGCAUUCUGUGGAACGGGAUAAAUACCGGUGCAAAGAUCCAUAGUAAUGAAUCCAACUGGUGGUUUGAGGAUGUAUCAUAUCUCUGUGUCGAGUUGUUUGAGAGGCUGAUUCAGACAAUGGAAGCCAAAGGAAUAAGUCUGGAGAAUUUAGCACGCUCCAUAAUGUAUUAUUGUAAAAAGUAUCUUCCAGGGUUGGGCCGAUGGCAGGGAGGACAGAGUGGUCUGUCGAGGACAGUAGCUAGUUUCAGCAUGACACCUGCUAAUGUCAAUCAAGAUGCUCUUUUGCGAAGUGUUAUCAAACUGCUGCCCGAGAAGAAGGGAAAAUCUUUUUGCCGUUUUCUGCUGGGACUUUUACGUGUUGCGUUGAUCUUGGGGGUUAACAAUACAUGCCAGGAUUCUCUGGAAAGGAGAAUAGGCAUACAGCUCGAUUUGGCAACCCUGGAUGGUCUACUGAUACCUAACUAUUCUGAUUCUGAUACUUUAUACAACACCGAUUGUGUUGAAAGGAUGAUUCGCCAUUUUGUAUCCUCUGAGCCGAGUGCAGCUUCAAUAUCUCCAUUAUCAGCCGACCUUGACACAUCACCAUCAUCUGGGCGUUUCAAGAGAGUUGCGAAAUUGAUAGAUAAUUAUGUGGCAGAGGUUGCUUCCGAUGUAAACUUGAAACCUGGAAAAUUACGUGCACUCGCAGAAGCAUUGCCAGAAUCUUUGAGAUCUUUGCACGAUGGGCUAUACCGAGCACUGGAUAUAUACAUUAAGGCACAUCCCUGGCUUUCGGAUAAAGAGCGGGAGCAGCUCUGCAACAUUAUUGAUUUUCAGAAACUCUCGAUCGAUGCUUGCGCACACGCAUCUCAAAACGAGAGGCUUCCACUCAGAAUCGUACUACAAGUCUUGUUCUUCGAGCAGAUGCAACUGCGGACGGCCUUAGCUGGCUGCCUAAAUGUUCUCGAUGCUGAAAGUGCCCCCACAGCUUCUCUGGCCAUUCCUAACGAAGCUGCUGGGCAAAGGGCCCAUCGAGAUGGAUGGGUAACAGUCGUUCGUGAGAACCAGGUGCUGAAAGUAGAUAUGGAACGGAUGAGGUCUAGAGUUGGUGAACUAGAAGAAGAGUUCAGUAAAAUCAAGGAAGAGAUGAAAAAGGCAACCAAGUCAAACAGUUACAUUAGCUCUCCACGCCUUGUUCCUAGAGGGACUGGAUGCAAACUACUUCCUCAGGCUUCAGAUGCCCAACAAGAUGUCGUUGGGAGUGGGACACCAACUCCAAGAGCAUCAGUCGAGCAGGCACGACCAUCCAUCAAGAACCCUAGACAUAGAAAAAGCUUCUCCCAGUUUUGAGUAUUUAGACGUCUGUAUAUCUUGAUUCGUGCUCUGACAAAGCUGGGCAAGACUGCUUUACUUGCAGCGAACGGGCAGCCAUGGGAGUAGGGGCUUGUCAAUCACAAGGUGGUAAGCUCGGUUUCUUUCUCUUGCAGUGCGUGAAGCAAAUGUUGAGAAGACAGUGUUUGUCCAUAGUUUGGAGAAGGUAAAAAAGCUUCUUUAGACAUAGCAAGACAUAGCUUUAGAUGGUGAACUGGGCUGGGGAAAAAAUUCUAGCAGAUGAGUUUUACCUUAAUUUUUUUUAUGUAACAAUGCAGUCAAUGAUAUCGAGUUUUAAACUACCUACUAGAGUUUUUUCCCCGGUUUUCACAGCAUUCACAAAAGCUGAAUGUAUAGUUUGAAUCUUAUGUAUGUGAUACAGUUACAGGUUGAAUGUAUAGUUUGAAAGCAUAGAUUUUUCAAGAAUCUUGGUUCGUUUUUUUUAUUAUAGCAUUAUUGGUAAAACCGCUCAUUGUGUCGAAUCGAAACAAUUAUUGGUAUU